CUGGCGCAUGCGUCGUUUCUCUUGUUUUCACACGCGUGAUGGUUUAGCGUCUGGUUACACGUAAAGCGAUUUGAGUAGACAGUAAGUCUCAUGUUUGAAUGUAGCGGAUGUGUUUACACGGUAUUAUGGCUUCGUUAUAAAACUGCAAAAUCAUUAUAAAACCGUGCUUUGUUAUCGGAGAGGUUCCUCCGGGAGUUCAGUGAACGUCAUGUCCGGUUUGUCCAGUUACGCGGUGCGCAUGGCGCGUCUUAGUGCGCGCAUCUUUGGAGAUGUGGUGCGCUCCACGGAUUCCAAGUCCAUGAAGGUGGUGCAGUUGUUCAAGGAGCCGCCCAUGGCCCAGAGGAAAGAGGUGUACGACUGGUACCCCCAGCACAAGAUCUAUUACUCCCUGACCCAGAGGCUCCGGUACAUGGGGCUCUUUAGAGACGAACACGAGGACUUCAAGGAGGAAAUGCGUCGUCUCAGGAAGCUGCGUGGUAAAGGAAAGCCCAAGAAAGGAGAAGGGAAGAGAGCCACGAAGAAGAAGUAGACAAGAAGACACUCUGCACCUGGACCUGUUUGUGGGAGCAUGCUUGAGGACCUAUAAAGAUGAGUUCCUGCAUAUAAAUAUGGAUCAGAGGAUGUUCGUUUGGAACAUAGUGACCUCCACCAAGCUGUCGAUGGAAUGUGCAAAACUCAACGACUGUGUUCAGUUAUCCUUGUUGUGGGUGUUUAAAAAUAUUUUCUCUUUGAAUUAAAUAUUCGUUUUUAUUUAA